GACGCUUGCUGGCGUACUCGCUUAAGCAGCUCGGCCGGUUUUGUGAAUUUGCCGGGCGAGCUGUGACGUCACGAUACUAGUUUGACGCGCGUGCGUGACGAUCUGCGCCAGGACGUUUACCGCCCCCGACCUUAGUUUCAGUGCAAUAGCGUGCUCGUUUGUGUUCCUUCCCAUUUCAGUGAUUUAGAGGCAAUGGCGAUUUCAGUUUAUUUCAUUUGGCAGUUUACUUUUAACAGCAGUUCCAUUCGUGGAACAACGAUUUGUUUUGAGUUUUACACGACUUGGUUUGCUUCGUUUUAUUAUCAUAUCAUAUCAUACGUUUUAUAGUAUAUGGCUGGAAAAUAAAAGAAAGAUUCAUUGAAGGUAUAAACAUCGGGCCACCAGUACCUACAAAUAUUUCAACGUUCAAUUAAUUUUAAUGUAAGUUUCCUAUAUCGGCAUGCAGCGAGCGAGCUUUUUAAGAAGGUAGUGUUGCUUGUUUAUCUGUGUGCGAGCGUAGGUACACUUCGACGUUCCAACUUCGCGGCGGAGCCUUUUUGUGUUUUUAUUUUUCCUCCUGCCGCGAGACAACAACCUUUAUACAGUAUAACUAUAUAUAUAUGUAUAUGAACAAACGUAUGGGUAUGGGGGAACAGCGGGGCUACAUGCAACGUAAUUAUUUAUAAAUCGUGAAAUUGUUAAUUAACAAUAAAAAGAAUGUAUAUUCGUUAUAUUAGCUUAAUGUUUAUUUUGAGUUUAGGUCGGUUUGAAAAAUAACAAUGGUUUUGCUAUUUAAACUUCAAUUAUAACAUAAAUAUCUAGUUAGACACAUUUCUUAUGCUGGGAUGGAGAUUUUAAUGUAACCCGUUUUAUACAUAAAAAAUAUGAAGCAAUCAAUUUUCUUGUUCAAAUUAUAUCGAAUUUCAACAUUGGCCAGAUAUGAUAAUUAUGCGAUUCAUAAACAUAUAUCCAUCCUUGUUUAGCUUAUAUACUACUACUUAAGUUUAUAGGAACAAAAGCUAAUGUUUUGUCUCUUUUUCACCCUUGAAUGCCUUCGCAGUCUCCGUAAUAUAGGUUUAGCAUGAAAGCUUCUGUUGCCUGAUCAGAAAGUUCGUUCAAAUUCGUUAGAUUGAAGUAUAUUGAGCUUUUGUUUUUUGUACAUGUUUUUAUGAAUAUUCAUUAUUCCAUUGAUUGUUGUUUGAAGACUUUUUAUACUACAUAGUAUACAAUAAAUUCAGCGGAUGAGUUGUCAGUACAAUACAAAUGAAUUAUUAUCAUUUUGGUGACUAAAAUUUGCUUGAUAUUAUUGUUACAUAAAGGGUAUAACAAGUUCGACAACCACGUGGAUGUGUUAUAGUCUUUCCAGUUUGUACCGUAUGGUGGUGCUUCUGAGCGCCAGACGUGGUUCCUGAACGAGUUCGGGCCGGUCAGGUGCCACUUAAUACUUGUUCUGCUCUAACUGGACUCGAAUCAGCUGUUACCUGCUUUAUUUGUUCUUUGUUUUAGUAUUUUAUAAACAAAACAAACCACUUUUUAUACAUAUUGGGCACAAACGAGCAUGGUAUUGCAUUACGAAAUAUUUUAUGAUGGUAAAUUUGUUUUAUCUGUUUUAUUAUUGACGGGGAUAUUUUUUCAGAAUUCAGAAAGAAGUGUCAUUUAUCGACAGCGGGGCGCUCUUGAGUGGCGCCUCCGCCUGCACAAAGACGUCCCAAUCAACGAGUAACGCGGCGAGAUGUCCGCGUCGCCGCAACCGGCGGGCGCGUGCGACGAGCGAGCCCGCACACCCAGAGCGUCGCCCUCUUCAACUCCCCGGUCCCCAGCUCCAGCUCAUGCCGUGCUUGCCACUAUGACACCUGUGCAGCCAGCACACGACUACUAUCCUCACAAAGUAGAAAUGGACUCUGACGACGGCUACCCGCCUGAAGCUCACUCUUAUCGCCAUUCUCCCCAUGGGCUGGCUGCGUAUGCACCCGAUAACAAAGUACCAGUUCAGCCGGACGUAUAUGACCAGGGAAUGGAGUCUAUAGACGAAAAGACUCCUAUAGAUCUCAUUUAUGAAGACGAUAAAGAGACAGUUAUAUAUACUACUACGCCAGAUCAGAAAAGAGUAGAAAUGAUCAGUGGUCAACUUGAAGAUGGACAGUUGGUUAGCGGCAGUGGACAGUUGGUAGAUGGAGGAGUGUCAGUCGUCGUAGGAGCUCCCGGACAAGGCACAGUUUUGGUGCUAGCAGAUGAAUUGGGACAAGUCAUCACGAUACCUAGAAGGCGCAAAGAAAUGAUGGAAGUGAGUGGUGAUUCCUGGCGAGCCUACUACACCACGGGUCCAGAGCAUCCCCUGAGUGCCGCCACCUCUGCAGUGUUGGGGGUUGCAGAGGACCAGCAGCCGCAGUCGCUCGUCACAGAUUACUACAAACUCCCUCCUCUCGGACAAGAUACCCAUUUAACCCUUCAUAAGGAAGUAUGGCAGGCCGGCGGUACGCUGAAGGCAACCAAUGGAGCGCACGGGGCGGAGCUGGGCGAGCUGUCAGGUCUGCUCCACGCGGGCCUCGUGAAGCGCGAGCCCGAGGAUCUCAGCCGCAAGGUGGUCGACGAGCCCGAACACGCGCUUAAGCCGCCGCGACACAAGUCGUUCGAGUAUACAGUAAUAUGCCAGCAGCCAGUGGGAGACGAUGGUCGUGGGACUCCCUCAGCACACCACUCCCCUGCGCAAGCGCCGCGCACCCGGCCAUGGCACGAUUUUGGCAGACAGAAUGAUGCCGAUAAAAUACAAAUUGCUAAAGUGUUUUCACCGUACGGAUUCAAGUACCAUUUAGAAACGGCGAGUAGUAGUUCGCAACGGCGAGAAGAUGACCGAAUAACGUACAUCAAUAAGGGCCAGUUUUACGGCAUUACGCUUGAGUACAUCCACGAUCCUGAUAAACCACUCAAGAAUCAAACGGUUAAGAGUGUUGUAAUGCUUAUGUUCCGAGAAGAGAAAUCCCCUGAAGACGAGAUCAAGGCGUGGCAGUUUUGGCACGGACGACAACAUUCUGUCAAACAAAGGAUAUUAGAUGCCGACACAAAGAACAGCAUCGGUCUCGCGGGGUGCAUCGAAGAGGUCGCGCACAACGCGAUAGCUGUCUACUGGAACCCACUCGAAAGUGCUGCAAAGAUAAAUAUAGCGGUGCAGUGUUUAAGUACAGACUUCAGCAGUCAAAAGGGUGUAAAGGGAUUACCGCUACACAUCCAGAUUGACACGUUUGAGGAUCCUCGGGAUACGCAAGUCUAUCACAGAGGUUACUGUCAAAUAAAAGUCUUCUGUGAUAAGGGUGCAGAAAGAAAAACGCGUGACGAAGAGAGAAGAGCGGCGAAAAGAAAAAUGUCGGCAACAAACAGAAAGAAGCUUGACGAGAUCUAUCAUCCAGUUACGGAAAGGAGCGAGUUCUACUCUAUGGCUGAUUUAUCGAAACCUCCUGUACUAUUCAGCCCAGCGGAAGAUAUAGACAAAUUAGCUGGCAUGGACAUACAAGGAUUCUAUGGACACGACGAAGCAGCAUUAGCUGAAGCCCAUCUGAAGGGCGCGUCACCUUUCUUAUUGCAUACAGCGAAGCCACAAGCACCAGCGCUAAAAUUCCACAACCACUUCCCACCGGAUGCGCCUGCGUAUCGGUCCGAUGUUGGUGGCCUAUCACCUUACAGUGAUCGUAAGGAUUCAUUAGAAUUGGAAGGUGUUCUUGGCAAGAGGGCACGUACGUCAACACCACCGCUUAGUGAGCGCGUCAUGCUUUAUGUCCGUCAAGACACAGAUAAUGUCUACACGCCCCUGCACGUGGUCCCUCCCACCACCCAGGGUCUUCUUCACGCUAUUGAGAAUAAGUACAAAAUUUCAAGUUCGGCAAUUAAUAAUCUUUAUCGAAAGAACAAGAAAGGGAUUACGGCGAAAAUUGACGAUGAAAUGCUGGCGUACUAUUGUAACGAGGACUUGUUCCUACUGGAGGUGCGGCCCGCGGGCUCCACCGAAGACGAGCCUCUUUACGACAUUACUUUCGUGGAGUUGCCCACUGAACAUUAGCUACGAUUAUCACCCGACAAUACCAGAUAAUUAUGAGGUUUAUUUUUCACCUGGACUGUAAAGACAAUGUGAUACGCGAAUAGGUUUGCCACGUUUUCGGUUCUCGUUAAAGUCCCAUAAAUUAUUAUUGUUAGUUGUGGCGAACUCAAAAACGUACUUGUAACAUUCCAAGUUUUAAACUCACUAAUUAUAGAUAAGGUAUUCUCAAGAUGUCGUCGAUCUCAGAUUGAAAUUUACUUAUAAGUGGUUCAUCGCCAACACUCAUCUUAAUGAACAAAUGUCACAAAUAAUGGUUGAACGCCCUGUCUCGCUGUUGCGAGCUGCCUUGUAUAUAUCUCUUAGUGCCUUAACAAUCACACAGUAAUGGUGAUGGCUUGUGUAUCGAAAGUAAGUUUUAAAAUUUCCAGAGAGAAUUUAAUUAUGUUGUGAAAUUAUAGUGAAUCACUGCUGAAGAUUUAACGUGUGUGCCAUUCAUCUGUUAUCAUUCUAGAAUUAUGUAGUUAUCGUUUCAACAGGUACCUUUAUAUCUUGCCAUGAUGAUAAAGUAAGAAAUUCUUGUCACAAACAUUUUGUAGAUAGGUCAUCUACGCAUUAUUGUAUAAUGAAAAUAUCUUUGUCAUUAUUAUAUUUAAUGUUUAUCUUUAUGUUAAGUGAGUUAAGUCAAAUUAAAUGCCAUCCACUUUUUUAAGAUUUAUGAGAUAAGUUUGCUUUAUAAGCUCGCUCAAUUCAUGCACUUAGAUAAAGUAAUAUUAGGAUUAGUUUCAAUCACAAAUUAUUUCCGUAUCAUGGGCGCUGUGACUACUACUAUAAUAGUCAUUUACAUUUCAAAUUAAUAAAAUGAUCAUUUUAUUACAAGUAUUCAUUAUUGUCACAUAUCUAAUUACAUAGAGACGUGAUUUAUUCGACUCGCAAAAUACCUACAUGGGUUCUAAAUUAAAAAUUAAAAGGGUACUGAUUAAUAAAAUAGUAAAUGGAAUCAAUAAAACAAAUUAUAAUUUUAAAUGAGUCUUAGCGGCCAUUUUGCAUAAUUUACAAUGUUUAAUAUGUAGUAGUCAUUUAUAUGUAGUCACAAGUCGUCAAAGCAGAAUUAAUAAUUUCAUCAACGGGAGUGGUUUGUGUACUUUUGUGUACUUACUUAGAUAUGUUAUGCAUAAUAUAUUUUACCUUCGGGCCAUGACAAUAUCGAUCAAAUAUUUAAUAUUUUUGCAUGAAUCUCGUAUGAUAUAAUAAUGUAGAUUUACCCACAAUAAACCGAUGCUAAUGUCUCUAAUAAGAUGUCUUUUUGUCACAAAAUUUAUAUUAAGUGUUGUCCACCGAUUUAUUCGAAAUUCAGAACCAGGUUCUGUUUGAAUAUUCCAUUGGUCGCAGACAAAGUCGCCCAAGAUAUAAUAUUAAGUGGAGUGCCGAGAGCUGACGGUUCGACUAACUGCCAUAUUAUGACAUAGAAUAGUUAACGAUUUUAGUUUAGGGUAUGCGUAGUUAUACUGUCAAGUUUGCAGGUAUCGAAUUAUUAUUAAGUUUACAAUUUACAUAUUUCUGUGGAAAUUAUAUGAUUGUGAUUGCGCCGUGACUGCGCCUCAUUUAUUCUUCCAUAUCGUUAUCACUCGUUAUGUCUAACCACUAUGUUUAUAAAUUUUAAUCUCUCUAUGAAUUUAUAUAAUUUGUAUGCAUCGCAUUGCUCAAAGUCUGCAUUUACCUUUCACGCGGAGCGGACUCUAACAUUGUUAUAUACCUACUUACUUAUGAUGUAUUAUUUAUUUAUGUACUUAUAUUAUAAAUUUUGCAGCUUUAAUGUUUUUAACUUACAAUGAUUUUAGAUCGUGAUUCUGAAUCUCGUCAUAAGUCACAAAUGUCAGUAGCAAUAAAGUACGCAAAUCAGUUGUAUUGUAGUAGUUAGGUAAACGGGCGUGACCCGCGCAGCAGCCAUGCGUACGCGAUCUUGUGCAAUCAUGUUUAUUGGAGUUAUCUGUUAUUUGAUACGUGUAAGAAGGAAUUUAUGUAAUCAAAAUAUAUCAUAUCGAUGAAGUAAACAAGCUAUGUUAAACUCAACUGUAACUAAUAUGUACGCGCAGUUAACAGAUUGAGUGUAACAUAUUCUUCUGCUUUGUAACUAUCGAUCCGAUAAUAAUUUGAAAGCUUGCUUGAGCUUGAGCUGUUCGAUAUUUUUGUUACAUAUUUAUCGUGCAAUGUUCACAAACAUUUCUACUUAACUCCAGUUUUCUAAGGUGGAAUUUAAAGAAAGCUAGUGCAAAACAUACAGAAACAUUAUAAAACAUUCCACUUAGUAUUAACGAUGAACGAGAUACACUUUCUUUUCCUUUCCGGUGUUAGUGCGGUGUAAAUAGAAGCUUUAAAUUAUAAUAUGAAAUGUUUGUGAACAUCGUGAGAUAGAUAAAAAUAUAGGGUAUGGUCAAUUUGGAAGUUAUUUGAAAAUUGUAGAGAUAUUUCUGAGUCUUAUCUUGUUAUAGUCACCCUUUUGGGGCUUCGCAAAUAAAUGUCGUACUAUUCAGUGAUGAUGUCUGCGUCUGCAACUCUUACAUUGUUAAACAGACACUCGAACCUUCUUGAGGUAUUGUCAUCUCGAUGUGCAAAGUACUUAUGAAUGCGAGAUGCAGACAUUGUGACCGACUUCUAGUGGAUAACGAAUUCGCGGGCUUUGCGUGGGCACGCCCCAUCGUGGAGUCACACUAGUUAUACGUACCGAAAGUGGUAGCACAUUUUCGUUGAUUUUUAAUGUACUUAAUAUUAAAUAGAUGUUACGUUAUUCUUUUAUA